CAUUUUUUAUUCACAGCGCACAAAGUCUCGGUUUCUCUCUCUCACACACUCACACACGCAAAAACACACACAGUUUCUCUCUCUGUAGCUAAUCGGCAAAACGUAACGAGAUUUGUUAAGUUUUUAUUGUGUAAGCGCGUGUUUCGGAAAGCUAGGGUUUACUGGAAGCGAGUGGUGAGUUUACGGCGGAAUUAGGUGGAGAUUUCGGAUGAUUUGUUGACUUUCCGGUCUGCUUUUUCGUGUACUUACCUUAGGGCUAGUUAUGAGUUUCGAUCUUGACGUUCGCUUCAUCAUAAGUGCUGGAUAGGAUAUUUUGAAGGAAUGUCUGACUUGUGUAUGAGCUUGAAGAUAUUACACCCCACUAACGCUCGGUCUAGUAGAAAUUCACCAGAACGAGACAACUGUAAAAAAACUUUGACGUGAAACAACUCCCGUUUUGAGCAACACUCGCAACCUUGAUGCUUCCCAUACUAUUAACCAACAAAAGGAAGAAAAAGAUUAUAAUAAGCCAUUGGAUAAGAAAACGAAAAUGAUGGAAAAGGAAUCACCAUCUCAUGCACCACACGGCGUAUUUAACGGCUCGUGUGACGGUGAGAUCGUAAAAGACAUGCCUAAUUUAGCAUCUGACGACAUUCGAAUGCCCGAUGAUUGCUUCAAAAGCAGCUAUGACACAUCAGCUACAUGUGAUAAUAACUCGUACAGUUAUGUUGACAAUAAUUGUCAGGAUAAGGAAUCAGGUGAUCUCUUAUACUACAGUUGGUCUGAUAUAGGAAACUUUGAGGAUGUUGACAAGAUGUUAAGGAGUUGUGAUUCGUCGUUUGGACUAGGUGUUACUGACAAUAACGAUGAACUUGGCUGGUUUACGUCGGAUCGAAUUGAGGGCACUGAAGAAGCAUUAAAGAUGGAUUUUAAAUUCACGUGUCCUGAGCCAAGUGGUUUAAAGAAUAUAUUACAUCCGGAUCAUAGUUCUCCAGAAUCGAAUAAUCACAGGUCUAGCUGUAUCUCUGAAAGCAAAGAUGAGCUUAAUUUCAAAGAUCAGAUCACUAUGCAGAAAAAGCCGUCAAAACAUCAUGAUCAAACCGAAGGGAAAAAAGCAGGACAAGGAGUAGGAUCCGAUAACGGUUCCUUUUAUCAAAUCAGUGACCCGAGAAGCAAUGACAGCGGGCUGACUUCAAACAACAAACCCGACCAACUUUUCACCUCCAUAGGCAACCAGCAGCAGUAUAGAAACCUGGAACUUAAUUAUUUUGGUCACAUGCAGAGCGACACUAGUUAUCUACCUCCAGAAUAUCUCCAUCAAACUGCAGCUGUCCCGAUGCUGUCUGGCAUUAAAACCAAACACAAGGGUCUUAAGUCUUAUUCCCCAGUGGGGUCGUCCUAUGCAUCUAACCAGAGUUUUGGUGAGCCUUCAUUUGAAGCGAAUGCUGCUGAAAUGGAUGAGCGAAAACAAUCGCAAGGAUUUCAGCCAUUAGCUAUUGGAAGCUCGAGACAGACGGGUAUGAUGUUUCAGUCUUCAAAAGAUGUAUUGGUUUCUGAUGAGAAUCGAGACGAACUAUCAGUAAAGGAACAUGAUCAAAGGAAUAUGGGUUUAUUAAAUGUACAAGAAAGCUCCUCUGGUGGUUCUAAGUUGGAUGAAAUCUCACUUGAAGCUACUAGUUUCCGCCAGCUAAAACAGGUUAUGGAUCAGUUGGAUUUGAGAACCAAGUUAUGCAUUAGGGACAGUCUGUAUCGUUUGGCUAGAAGCGCAGAGCAACGGCAUAAUAAUCCAAGUCUAAGUAGUGGUGCCACAGAUGUUACUGAUCUUGGUGGGCCUUUGAUCUCUGAACGGACUAACAAUGGAUUCGUGGAUAUGGAAACCGAUACAAAUCCUAUAGAUCGGUCUGUAGCACAUCUAUUGUUUCAUAGACCUAUAGAUCGGUCUGUAGCACAUCUGAGCCAUGGGUCUAUUCCGGGGCGGAUAUUGGCAGAAAAACGAGUUUGUGAGGAAGAAGCUGCGGGUGAAUCAAAUGACACGAUGGGUGGUGAGCGAAAUUAGGUCCGAGUUAUUGUUGAUAUAGUGUUGUGUUAUAUAAUGUAUAAAGUCAUCCAAGAGGCUCGCCCCGGCAUGUCAUUAUUCACAAGGUAUACGACGAGUCGGGCUUUUACAAUUUCUUGGUGUAUAUCCUUUCGUCGUUUAUAGAAACUGACCUCUUUAUGAUUUUGAACCUCCAAGAUGAACCUGGGUUCUGCACGUUGUGAAUGCGGGUGCUCUGUUGGUUCUGUAAGUAGUGUUGUAACUUGGGAAAAAGUCUCGUUACGCUCAUGACGUGAUGAAAUAAGUUAUGUAUAGUUAGCGUGGUUUUAGCACGUUACGAAAUUCAUAGCAAGCUUGUUUUCUUUAA